CGAAAUGAACAGAUUCAGUACCACAAAUGUCAUGAAAAUUAUGCAGGAUCCAAUUAAGAAGGAGCCUAGAAUUGGAUUGUAGUCCAAGACCUGUAGCAUUAAUAAGGAAAGAGCUGUUCUUAGCCCAGGCAGGAGAGGACCACUACGGCUGCCGGAGCAGCUGGGUAGAGGACACAGAAACUGUUUAUUACAUGAGACAUGGAUGCGAUAUUUGGUAGAAAUAAAGAAGAACAUCCAGAGCCCAUAAAAGCUGAGGUGCAAGGUCAGUUGCCCGCUUGGUUGCAAGGGAUACUUCUCCGCAAUGGCCCAGGGAUUCACACAAUAGGGGACACCAAGUAUAACCACUGGUUUGAUGGCUUGGCUCUGCUGCACAGUUUUACAUUUAAAAAUGGUGAAGUUUACUACAGAAGUAAGUAUCUCCGAAGUGACACAUACAACUGCAAUAUAGAAGCAAACCGAAUUGUGGUGUCUGAAUUUGGAACUAUGGCUUAUCCAGAUCCAUGCAAAAACAUAUUUGCCAAGGCGUUCUCAUAUUUGUCUCACACCAUUCCUGAGUUCACAGACAACUGCCUGAUCAACAUCAUGAAAACUGGGGAUGAUUUUUAUGCUACCAGCGAGACCAACUUCAUCAGAAAAAUUAAUCCACAGACUCUGGAGACAUUAGAGAAGGUUGACUACAGCAAAUAUGUAGCUGUAAACAUGGCAACUUCUCACCCGCACUAUGACAGUGCUGGAAAUAUUCUCAACAUGGGUACUUCAAUAGUUGAUAAAGGGAAGACAAAAUACAUUUUAUUUAAGAUUCCUUCUUCUGUGCCAAAAAAAGAAAAGAAGAAAUCUUGUCUUAAACAUCUGGAAGUGGUAUGCUCCAUCCCUUCUCGCUCUCUGCUCCACCCAAGCUACUACCAUAGCUUUGGAAUCACAGAAAAUUACAUUAUCUUCAUAGAGCAGCCAUUCAAACUGGAUAUUGUCAAAAUGGCAACUGCUUACAUCCGAGGUGUGAACUGGGCUUCCUGCCUUGCCUAUCAUAAGGAAGAUAAGACUUGGUUUCACUUUGUAGACAAGAAGACUAAAAAGGAAGUAACCACCAAGUUUUAUACUGAUGCUAUGGUGCUUUUUCACCAUGUAAAUGCUUAUGAAGAGGAUGGCCACAUUAUUUUUGAUAUUAUUGCCUACACAGACAAUAGCUUAUAUGAUACGUUCUAUUUUAAAAACCUGAGUAAGGACACUGAAGAGAACAACAAGCUUACCUCCAUACCAACCUGCAAACGGUUUGUUGUUCCUCUACAGUAUGACAAGGAUGCUGAAGUAGGUUCUAAUUUAGUCACACUUCCAUCUACCUCAACUGCUGUAAAAGAGAAAGAUGGCAGCAUCUAUUGCCAACCUGAAAUACUAUGUGAAGCGAUAGAACUGCCUCGCAUCAACUAUGACUAUAAUGGCCAGAAAUACAAGUACAUCUUUGCAACAGAAGUCCAGUGGAGUCCAGUUCCUACACAGAUUGUAAAAUUUAAUAUCCAGACAAAGGAAAUGCUCUACUGGGGAGAGGACCGCUGUUGGCCAUCUGAGCCCAUUUUCGUUCCCAGCCCUGAUGCAAGAGAAGAGGAUGAUGGUGUUGUUCUAACCUGUGUUGUGACAUCUGAUCCAAAGCAAGCACCCUUCCUACUUGUUCUGGAUGCUAAAACAUUAAAAGAAUUGGGCCGAGCCACAGUAGAUGUAGAAAUGCAUCUGGACCUGCAUGGAAUGUUUAUACCAGAGAAAGAUUUGAAGACUGAGACUGAGACUGAGUAAAAUGCUAUUUAUCCUAUUACACAGACUGAGACAACCUUACACUGAGUGUGGGAUAACAUCAUUCAGGAACAACUUUACCUUAUGACAAGAAAUGACUAAAUAGUAUCUCUUCAAUAACUAUAUAUAAUCUCUUACAAGAGAUAGCAAUAACAAGGUUCAGCAUAGCACCUCUCCUUGUUGGCUCCUCUAGCGCUUGGAAAAGGAAGUUAUCAUCAGUGCAUCCCAGGAACCUCCUGGAUUGCUUAUGCCCUGCUGUGUUGUCCCUCCAACAGAUAUUGGGGUGGUUGAAGUCCCCCAUGAGGACCAGGGCUUGUGAACAUGAAGCUGCUCCUAUUUGUCUAUAGACGGCCUCAUCUGCUCAGUCUUCCUGGUCAGGUGGCCUGUAGCAGACCCCCAGUAUAAUGUCACCUGUCCCUGCCUUCCCUUUAUUCCUGACCCACAAGCUCUGGGGCAGCUCCUCACCCAUCCCCAGGCAGAGCUCCCUGCACUCCAGCUGGUGGUUGAUGUAGAGGGUGACACUGUCUAUGCUUUACUUGAGUAGAAUAUAGCUUUCUGAACAAAUCAAGGACUGUAUUUAUAGGGUGAUGUAUGGUAUGAGUCACAUAUGUCUUCAGGUCAUGUAGCUUUCCUGGACUGUUUCAAGACUACAGCUCAUGAUGAAAGUUGUCUCCUGCCAGAAAACCUCUUAUUAAACUAUCUGCUAUGAUACUAAUGAUUCAUGGUAAUGCAUUCUCUUGGUGCUUGCUUUCUUAAACCCCACCAGAACCAAAGCAUUACAUUAAGGUGCUACAACUUUCUAAUCUAGAACCUAAAAAACUUGCAUUGCUAAUAAUUUUGUGGUGUAUUUUUCCCUUUUAUGUUGAUGAAAACAAGUAACUUGAAAUAGAAUAUAUGGAAAUAGAAUAUGUUUUUUUGUAACAUUCAAUUAGACUUUAGUACUGUUCAAUUUUGCAUUUAAAUCAGUUUUCCUUGAGGAUAAUAUGUGACAUGACUUUUCAUGUAAUUAGAUUAUUAUGUUGUGUAAAAAAUAACCAGAAAUGUAGUAUUUAUUAAUAAUGCUACUAGUCUCUGCUAAUAACAGCAUGUGUAUGAAUGAGAGCAGUAUAUUUCUAGCAGAACUCAGAUGCACAUGUUCAACAAACUGUUUAGGUAAAAAUGUGAAAGACCUAAUUUAGACCUCAUACGAACUACACUGUAGCUGAAACUACAAGCUAUCGUUGCUAUAGCGAAGCAUUUGCUUUAUUGUUUGCUUAGAAGCAUCCAUGUUCUGACAUGGGUUUAUCAUUGCCUGUAACAGAUGCUUCCCAAUAAAAGCACACAACUCUCAUUCAUAGUCACAAUUAAAAAACAUGUUUCAACAUACAGUUCAAAUAUCAAGUAUACCGUGACAGUUUUUUGUUAUAGGAGUGGCAUUUCCUAAUCCUCGGAGUGUAUUUCUGUUUUCAGAUUUGGGGCAUUGAUUUUUCUUUAAAUGAGAGAUUUUUUUCCUUUGAAUUAUAUUUUCCUAUUGUAGCUACCUUUACUGUUGGAGGUGUCUUUACUGAUGGAGAAAAUUAGGUGUACAGCCAUCCAUUUUAGGAGUUCAUCUGAUCCGUACAUAUCACCACACUACUCAGGUAUCUCUCACUCUUUUAUAUAUGCACUCUUAUGGUGUCUCUGCUGCUCACUGUGUUUUACAGGUAUGAAAAAGAAUUAAAUAAUUGUCAUUUACUAUCUCCCCAUCACAUGAGAAUCUGGGCUUUGGUGACUUGUUCGUGAUUACGUAAGCUGUUUACGGCAGAGCAGGAACUGAACCAACACCAUCCACACUGCUUGUUCACUCUGCAACAGCUAUACCUCCCUUUCUCUGUUUAAGCCUUUGCAGUUUGUAAGUAUAAGGAAUAUAGUGGCUAUUUGUAAUGUAAAAAAAAAAAAAGUCACUGUGGUCAGAUCUAGAGUUAAAAUAAUGCAGUUUCGGGCAUUCAAAUGUUUAUAUAUUCCAUAAAAUGGAAAUAAACACUUCCGUAAAGCGUGUCUGCAGCAAUAAUCAUCUUUAGUGUUUUCAAGGCAUAUCACCUCUACUAUUUAAGAGAACUUUAUCUUCUAAAGAAGAAACUAAACUCCAUUUUUGUAAGUAAUAUGGAACUGGAAUAGAAGACUGAUUCCUGAUGUUGGCAAAGGACACCAGCUGUGAGAUUGUUUCUUUUAAUCUGAAAAAGUUUGGAUUUAACAAGUCUCCACAAAUAUCUCUGGAAUGAUAAAGUGGUAAUGAAUCAAAAGUCUAACCAUUAUCAUAGAUCUCCUUUCAAGAGUUUUUCUCCAGAAUUUCUUCUGUGGAAUUCAUAGUGUUAUGUUUUAAGUUGAUCAUGAGGUUGUGUACAGGAGGUACUUGGUUACUGAGGGGCUAACUUACUGGCAGAGAUGACCUGAUGGGGGAAUAUUAUUCAUCAUAGAAAAAAAAAAAAAAAAAAAGAUCUGUUGUCUGCAGUU